AAAUCAUUCACCCUUAUUAUGGCUGGCGUAGUCGUAUCGAAAAUUGCAAGUUGACGCGUCGUAACGACUAAUUGGUAUUUUGUGUGUCGUAUGCGAGAAAUUACAACUCUGUAUGAAAUUCUGUUACAAUUUUCGUACCACAAGACACGUUCUAAUUCGACAAAUGCUGCAAAAUUAGUCGUUAGAGAUUUUGUUGCCGACAACACACAAGUUUUCCCAAAUUGAGUUUACAAAAGAAUAAAUUAUAUACAAAAUGGAUUUGAAUAAGAAAUUUAAAGUCACAACGAAAAAACAAUUUGAUGAAAUGAUCCAGAUUUUGCAAAGGAAUCCAAAUUUGGCUAGAGGUUACAGCAGUGGCUUGAAAAAAGUUAACAUUAAGGAAGAAUGGAACAAAAUUGGUGAAAAACUCAAUAUCUUGGGACCGCCGGUUCGAACUGGCGAAGCCUGGAUGAAAGUCUGGGCCGACUACAAAUUUAAAUUGAGGAAGAAGCUUGUUCAUAACAAGGCAGAAUGUCGUGCUACAGGUGGAGGGCCCUUCAAGCAGUUCAUUUUAAGCGAAACGGAGGAAGCAGCAUCACGCCUGUUACAAUUGGAGACAAUUGUAAAUGCAGGGAACCAAGCAAUUGGAAUUCAACAGCGUCCAAUACUGGGUUUGAAAUUGGCGAGGACAAAGAAAACCACAAUCCCUGCAUACCCACUCCUCCAAGCGUAA